AUGCCUCCAAAUUAUGUUCAACCAAGAGACAAGCUUAGAAGACUUUUUAUUAAGAUCACAUGUAGGAGAUGUGGUCAAAGUGGCCAUAAUAGGGCAACUUGUGACAGACAGAGCUCAGAAAAUCAACAUGCAAAUGCAUCUUCUGCCCAAAAAGAGGUCCACACUAAGGGAGGGGCAGUGGCAAGAGGUAUAAGAGGUUGGCCAAGAAGUAUGCUAAGAGAUAUGAGAAGAGGGUUGGCUAGAGGAACAGGAAGAGCCAAUGUGGCUCCAGCUGUUGCAAUUGAAGUUGCUACUUCUUCACAACAAAGUUUGGUAAGAGGUGUGGGAAGAGGUUUGCCAAGAACUAUGAUCAGAGGUUUGGCAAGAGGAAGGGCAAAUAUACCAUUGUCACAGUCAGCUGCACCCACACAAGAGAGCUCAAAUCCAUCUUCAACUUCUGUCACUGCCCAACCUGGUUCCAUAUUCAAACUUCCAGCUAUUAGAGGGGGCACAUUCAAAUGGGCUACUAUUAAAGGAGGAACAUUCAAAAGGACUACUAUUAGAGGAGGAACAUUCAAAAGGCCUACAGAAGUUCUAUCACAACCAUAA